AUGGCAUCAAACGCUCCUGACUCACAGCCGAUGGAUGAUAUUGUUCACGAACGAACAUUACCCAUCUAUCCUUUAUCCUCAGCCCCAUCAGGCGACUUCCAAAGGCCCUCUCUAGGUACUCAUGUCAGCCAUGUGACUUCCAGAGUCUCUGAUUACGGCAGGAACGUGCGAGAGAGAAAUGAGGCUGGAGAGGACCUCCCUAGAGACAACAACGCGCUUACGGACCUGCAAUCAUCAGCUGUUGAUUACCUCAAUCGACCUGAUUUCAUCAGCGAUGAAGAUCUCAACGAUCAACCCAGGGUCCCUAUCAAGGUACUUCUCAAUAGCGCAUUACAACUUGACAAGCGUAAUAAUGAGAAACGCUUCCUGCCGAGCGGGGAUCUCAAGACCAUUUGCCACCACUCUGCUGUCUUUCUGCCCGACUUUGAACUUGCAGGAAUGGCCGAUGAAAACCUGCCAUUCAGCGGCAACGAACAACACAUAGAGCUAUGGUGUCGUAUCCCGGGUGGCGAUAAAAGACGCGUAGACUUCUUGAAUCAUCUACACGAUGCAGAAAUGAUGCGAGAAUUUUACAACAAGCAAUGGUGGGUGCAUGUGCCUUUCCUGGACUGGGACAAGGAGAACCGCAAGGCCCUCAACUUUCGAUAUGACCUGGGAACAGUCAUUCCCUGGACAGAAAUUGGCCACCAAGAUACCAGUGGCGGUUUUGGAGUUGUGGAGAAAGUCAAGAUCCAUCAAGACCAUCACUCUUUCACGCAGUAUGAUACGUUUGCCCUCAAGACUAUCAUAAGAACAUGUGAUGAUGACGAUUACAACUUCUUCCAAAAGGAAAUUGCUGCUUUCCGCAAGAUGAGGCCUGGACCUCACUUGGUUGAGCUGUGUGCCACAUUCGAAAUCACACCCAGUGACAACUUCAUGCUACUUUUCCCCUGGGCUGAAGGUGGGAGUCUGCUAGAUUUGAUGAAAAGGCCCCGAAACGAUCUUCUUGAAGCCCACGGCUUGACGGAGAAGGACUUUUUUCGUUGGUCCGCGAUGCAAUGUCGGGGCUUGAUCGAUGCCCUCGGCACCAUUCAUGAUACUCGUAUCAAACAUUCGCACGAUAGCCAAGAUGGAGACCUGAGCAACCCGCACAAGGACUUUGGGAUACAUGGAGACAUAAAGCCUGCCAACAUUCUUCACUUUAGCCAAGAAACAACCCAUUUUCGUCUUGGCAAUCUCAAGGUUGCAGAUUUUGGCCUCGUUACAUUCCACGCACGCGCCUCGAGGACCAUGAUAAAUCGCAAAUCUGCAUAUGCAGCCUCUCAAACAUACCGCUCCCCGGAGCAUGAUAUAGGACACUCCAUGUCCAAGAAGGUUGAUGUCUGGGCUUUGGGAUGUGUAUUCUCAGAGUUGAUGACCUGGGUCAUUCUUGAUAGUGGUUCAUGCAAGGACUACCAACAAGAACGAGCAAACGAGCCGUCACGAUCAAACGAGCUGCAAAAUUUCGGCCCAAAGGUCGGCGGCGUCGAACUAAAAUCAGACCUGGUGGGUUUCGUCGACGUGGAUCCAGGACUAAAAGAUGUGUUUUUCGUGGUGCAAGAACAAACAAAUCGACCUCUACAACUCCCGACGACCUACAAGAGAUACCACUGCUCAAAGUCAGCGUAA